UUUUUAUUAGUCUGUGUCAUGCUGUCAUGUCAAAAAAGUGAACGUGAACAGAAAAAUUAAAAUUAUUUUGACUAAUUAAUUACACAUUCUGGUUUACGUUACGAAUGCUAGGCACUUCAUACAUAAACAGUUCUUUUUUAUUUUAUUCGAUGACCCGUAGAGCAUUUAAUAGUCCAAACACAUAUCUGUGAAGGAUGGAGGGAGGUGGUAGCACGUCACUGGAGGCGCCGAGAGUCAAGGAGGAGCCCGAAUAUGUGGUAGACACAUGCAUAAAGAUAGAAGCAGAAGUGGACGAGGAGCCGGAGGCAUUGAAACCAGAGCCUGCGUGUGUACAACUGGAGCUGGAGUGUGCGAAACAGGAGACGUUGAGGAAGGAGGCAGACCUGUAUGUGGACCAUGAGGUCAAACACGACCUGGUGCUGGGGCCCGAAGUGCUGCAGGAGUUGUGUGCUGUCAAACGCCCCGAAGCAUCACCCGGGCCCGGGCCCGCGAGCGCCGCCGGGCCGCAGCGGGGAACCCACACCGACCUGCAACAAUCCGUGGCUGUGGACACCUACAUGUGCGACUUGUGUGACCAAUUAUUUAAGAAAAAACAUUCUUUGAUUCGCCACGUCAAAGCGCAUCAGCGAGCGGACCCUGAAAUGUUACCGAGACACUCCAGCAAAAAGGUAUUCUACUGUGACAUAUGUCAAAAACAAUUCUUUCAAUCGGGUCACUUUAACCGCCACAUACGAACACACACAGGCACCAAACCUCACGUUUGUAAUAUUUGCAAAAAAGAGUUUGUGAGAAUGGAUUGUUUAGAAAUACACAAACGAAUCCACACGGGACAGAAACCAUACUCGUGCAAGUUCUGUGAGAAGAAGUUCACGCAGAGACAUAACUUAACGAGACAUGUCAGAAUACACACCGGCGAGAAGCCGUACGUCUGCGAUAUAUGCUCGAAGAGGUGUACGCAAUCGGGUGACUUGAAGACUCAUAAACAGAGUCACGGGAUUGAUGAGAAGUAUGCGUGCCAUUUGUGUAACAAGAGGUUUAAGUGGAAAUCGACUUUGAACAAGCAUAGACGGAGCCACGUUAGGAAGAACGCUCGGGACAAAUCGGAAAAAGCUUGACUUGUGUCUUCCUGGGCACGUGCCACGCCCACAGGACUGCUGCGGGGCCUUGUGGGUCGCGACCGUCGAGGUCGCCGAUGUUAGAAUGCCAUGCGUUGUUCUUAAAAUUAAUGGCAAUUAUAAUCAAGAUUUCAUAAUAUUAAUACCUACACCGCUAAAAAGUAAUAUUACGAAAAUAAACCACAUUUUUAACACGCUUUUAUUAGGUCUACCUGUAUGUAACUAUGUAAUGGAAUCUAAGGAAACUAAUUUAACCAUCUUCCAAGGAUCGUAGCGGCAUGAAAAUUGGCAGCUGUAUGUAGUUCUGAUGACAAUACAAUAAUAUGGUACUGUCGAACUGAUCUGAUGAUGGAGCUGGAAGAUAUGAACUGGAACUUCAUGAUGGAAUAUCGUAUCAUAGCUGUGUUUAGAUUUGUUAGAAAAGUCUUGUAAUGAACUUUGACCACGAUUAGGUUUCAAGGUCUGAUGAUGAAGGCGGAAGGUAGGCACUGGCAUUCCAUGAUGGAAUAUCGUGUCAUAAGCGGGGUUUUCUAGUGUUUUUUAAACCAUUAAUUUAUUAUUUUAUAUAAAUAAUGUUUAUUUAUUUAUUUUAUUUAUGAAGCGCUGGUGGCCUAGCGGUAAGAGCGUGCGACUUGCAAUCCGGAGGUCGCGGGUUCAAACUCCGGCUCGUACCAAAAAGUUUUUCGGAAAUUAUGUACGAAAUAUCAUUUGAUAUUUACCAGUCACUUUUCGGUGAAGGAAAACAUCGUGAGGAAACCGGACUAAUCCCAACAAGGCCUUGUUUCACCCUCUGGGUUGGAAGGUCAGAUGACAGUCGCUUUCGUAAAAACUAGUGCCUACGCCAAAUCUUGGGAUUAGCUGUCAAAGCGGACCCCAGGCUCCCAUGAGCCGUGGCAAUAUGCUGGGACAGCGCUAGGAAGAGAGAGUUUUUAUUUAUUUAUUUGUAUAAACUUUAAAAAACACAACUUUAAUCAAAUGGCAGACUUAAUGUCAUUAUUAUGCAUUAUUAAAAUUUAGUUUUUUCUUCGCAAGUGUUAUGAAAAACAUUGUGUGUAACUGCAGGGGUAACAAUAUUGCGAACUCAAGUCUUUAAUGCACUCCAGCCUUCAGCUGAUUAAUGAAAAUUAGGCAAUUUAAGAUUACAGUAGGUGUCGAGAGGGGUUACUGACUUCAAGUGUCCUUAUUUUUAUGAAAUACUUAGUAACCAAAUAGAAAGUUUUCAAGUGACAUUGUUAUCGUAAAUAUUUGAUAUUAAAUUAUAUUGUAAUA